ACUUUUAUCCAGACUUAAACUGCCUCAUGGUUACAUUUUAUUUAAAAUCAGUUAUGUCUUUCUCCAGUCCAGAUGUCAACAUAGAUGUGUUUGUCUGAUUUGUGAAAUGUUGUAUAUUUACAGGGACUGUUGCAAAAUCCAAGCCGCUCUUAAAAAUCAUAAUGAAAAAACAAGAAGAUGUUUACAAAAAUAAAAACGUCCUGCUCCUAAAAGAUGUUGAUACAACACCAAGGUUACAUGUGGACAUGUAGAAAGUUACAGAAGGUUUGCAUGAGGCUAAAGAACAACAUGUUUGUGAUUUCAUAACGACUUUCAAAUCCAAACCUGACUGGUGGUCCUCAUCCUGCAGGACCUGAGGAUGGUCUGAGUGUGUGUGUGGCCGUGUGCGUGUUUGUAUUUGUUUGAGUGGCAGCUUGCAGGUCCACUGACUGUUUGUGUGUGUGUGGUUUGAUUUCCCAUUUGUUGUUUUGCCACUUGGUGGGUGCCAUGCAGGAAUGUCAGAUUAAUGAGAGUAAAGGGAAAAAAAGAAAAAAAAUAAUGAGAUGGAGUGAUGGGCAGGGAAAGAAGAGAGGAAAUGGAAGGAAGAGACGAGGCAACACGUGAGGAGGACUGGCAGAGAAGGGAGGAAAAGAGGGGAGAAAGGGACAGACAUGAUAAAGGAAUAACAAACAUCAGAAAAAAGAAACCUGUGAUCGACCUGCGGACCCAAACUCAGCCUUCAUCUGAGCCCGUUAAUGAAACCACUCAGCCCUUCUGUUCAGUGGAACAGAAGCUGUGCCCUCCUCCAGCCUCUGGGGCCGGGCCAGCAGGAAGGGGGAGGCAGACUGAGUUGGAGUAGGUGCCUGGUGGAGCGACACGCAGGGAGGACAGAGGACACAAAUCUCGACGCUCUGCUCUCCGGGACUCCAAAGUGAAGCUCCCCGUCUUCUUUCUUCUGUAGUUUGCCCCACAUCUCCCUCACUUUCUCCUCCAAAUGCUUGUCUUCUGUAGAACUUAACUCUCUUCGCGCUCACAUCGAUUUAUUCCCCAAACUCUCAUCGCCGGAGCGGAUCGAACAGGUGGAGAUGAUGGCGAGCGGAGCGGCGCCGCUCUGCCCGGCUCGGCGCGCUCGGCCGCGGGUCGCGCUGCUUCUGUGGCCGCUGCUGGUGACCUGCUGCCGCUCGACGGCGGCGCAGGAGCUGCCGACCAACGGGGUGAACGGAUACAGCCUGCACCCGCCGUACUUCAACCUGGCCGAAGGCACAAAGAUCACCGCAACGGCGACCUGCGGGGAGGAAGAAGGCGGCAGGACCGUGCACGACCUGUACUGCAAGCUGGUCGGAGGCCCGGUGUCCGGAGACCCGAGCCAGACCAUCCAGGGCCAGUACUGUGACAUCUGCAGCCAGGGCGACAGCGAUCGUGCCCAUCCCAUCACCAACGCCAUCGAUGGGACGGAGCGAUGGUGGCAGAGCCCGCCUCUGUCCCGCAGCACCGAAUACAACGAGGUGAACGUCACCCUGGACCUCGGACAGCUCUUCCAUGUGGCCUACGUGCUGAUUAAGUUUGCAAACUCUCCCCGUCCUGACCUCUGGGUUCUGGAGAGAUCCGUCGACUUUGGGCAGACCUACCAACCCUGGCAGUACUUCGCCUCCUCCAAGAGAGACUGUAUCGAGCGCUUUGGACAGAGGACGAUCGAGAGGAUCAACGGUGACAACGACGUAAUCUGCACCACAGAAUACUCCCGCAUAGUCCCGCUGGAAAACGGAGAGAUCGUGGUGUCCUUGGUGAACGGUCGUCCCGGGGCGAUGAACUUCUCCUACUCACCGGUGCUGAGGGAGUUCACCAAGGCCACAAACAUCAGGCUUCGCUUCCUGAGAACCAACACGCUGCUGGGCCAUCUGAUGGGCAAGGCGCUGCGUGAUCCCACCGUCACCCGCAGGUAUUACUACAGUAUAAAAGACAUCAGUAUCGGAGGGCGCUGUGUGUGUAAUGGACACGCUGAGGCCUGCAACGCUCAGGACCCCAACGAUCCCUACAAGUUACAGUGUGACUGUCAGCACAACACCUGCGGCGUGUCUUGUGACCGGUGUUGCCCUGGACACAACCAGUUACCGUGGAAACCGGCCACGACCUACAGCGCCAACGAGUGUGAACCUUGUAACUGUCACCGUCACUCGUUUGACUGUUACUACGACCCCGAGGUGGAUCAGAGCAGAGGAAGUCUGGACAUCCACGGCCACCUCAGAGGAGGAGGAGUCUGCCUCAACUGUCAGCAUCACACCACCGGAGUGAAUUGUGAGCGCUGCAUCCCCACCUACUACAGGUCACCCGACCACUCCAUCGAGUCCCCGCUGGCCUGCUCACGCUGCGACUGUGAGUCAGAGUUUACUGACGGUACCUGCGAGGAUCUGACCGGUCGCUGUUUCUGCAAGCCAAACUACACCGGAGAGAAGUGCGACUCCUGCGCCACCGGCUACAUGAACUUCCCUGAGUGUUACCCCAUCCCCUCCUACCCCACCAACAACAACAAUGGAGAGGCCAAACCAGCAGGAGAGAUCAUCAACUGCGAGUGCAGCGCAGCCGGUACUGUGGACAACUCCUGCAGGCCGGACCCCCGGACCCGGACCUGCGUCUGCAAGGCAGGGUUCACUGGUGACCACUGCGACACCUGUGCUCCAGGUUUCUAUGGACUCAACUGUCAGGCCUGUCAGUGUUCAGGUCCCGGCUGCCUGGACGGGUCAUGUGACUUGGUGACCGGUCACAGCGUGUGUCGGAGUGGUUUCCAGGGUUACCAGUGCGACCAGUGUGCGCCGGGCUACUUCAACUACCCGCUCUGCCAGCUGUGUGGUUGCAGUGCAGUCGGCUCUUUGCCUGAAGGCUGCGAUGCGUCCGGUGGUUGUCUCUGCAAACCAGAGUUUCAGGGUCCUCGAUGUGAACAGUGCCGAUCUGGAUUCCACUCCUACCCCGACUGUCGAGUGUGCGCCUGUGAUCCUCGUACCUCAUUGGACACCAGCUGUACUGCAUCAGGUCACUGCCACUGCCGGCCCAAUUACAGCGGAGCGUCAUGUGACCAGUGUGCUCCCGGUUACUACGGUUACCCCAGCUGCACACCCUGUCAGUGCUCUGCAGAAGGCUCCCGCUACACCACCUGCGACCAGGUGACCGGUCAGUGUGUGUGUCUGCCCAACGUAGUGGGACUCAGGUGUGACCGCUGUGCACACAGCUCCUACGGCUUCCCCACCUGCCAAGCUGGCACCUGCCACCCUUUCGGCUCCGUUCAGUAUGUGGUGCAGCCGCCGGUGGGCCAGUGUGAGUGCCGUGUCCAUGUGGAGGGCCCGGCCUGCGACAGGUGUAAACCUCUGUACUGGAACCUCUCCCCUGACACUCCGGAUGGCUGCUCCAACUGUGAGUGUAACAUCGCAGGUACCAUCAGCAGUGUGGCUGAGUGUGCACAGGAAACUGGUCAGUGCCACUGCAAGCCAAACGCUUGCAGUGGAACCUGCUCCACCUGUAAAGAUGGUUACUACAACCUGCAGGAGCAGAACUACUUUGGCUGCCACGGUUGCCAGUGCGACGUUGGAGGCUCGCUCGGUCAGUCGUGCGAGGGGAGGCAAGGCCGUUGCCGCUGCAGGCCCAACGUGGACGGACCGAAGUGUAACCUACCUGCUCGAGAUCAUUACUUCCCAGACCUCCAUCACAUGAAGUUUGAGAUUGAGGAUGGAUCAACUCUGGAUGGCCGACCGGUGCGAUUUGGCUACAACCCUCUGGAGUUCACGGACUUCAGCUGGAGAGGUUACGCUCAGAUGUCGCCCAUCCAGUCCAAAGUGUUGGUGACGGUGUUGGUCAGCUCUCCAGACCUCUUCCACGUGGUGCUACGCUACGCCAGCAUGGGGGGUUCAGAUGUUCUGGGCAGGGUGUCGGUCAUAGAGGACGGCUGGAACUACUACUGCGGCAACUGCUCAGAGCAGUCCAAACAGAUCGUCUUUGCUCCCAGUGUGGAGCCGACUUUUGUCAACGUUCCCCAAAACAACUUUGUGGAGCCGUUUGUCCUGAACCCGGGAACCUGGACUGUGGUUAUAGAGGCUGAAGGAAUCCUGUUGGAUUACCUUGUCCUGCUGCCCAGUGCCUACUACGAAGCUCCCAUCCUGCAGAUCAAAGUUACUGAGCCCUGCACCUACAGCUCCGUACCUGACGCCAACCACAACUGUCUGCUCUACAGGUAUCUUUCUCUGGACUCCUUCCCUUCCAUCUCAGGCAACGAUGCCACCUGCGUCAAAGAUAACCAUCUGCCGCGCCCCUGCCCGACUGAGAAGGUCACCCCACGCCACCCCGACAUGGCCGUCUGCAGCGGCUACGAUAUCAGCGUCGAGCUGCGAGGGCGUCUGCCUUCUGCUGGAGACUACGUUCUGGUAGUUGAAUAUUCCAGUGAGGAGGAAGUCCCAGAAACUCUGUCUGUCGCUGUAAACAUGCCAGGAGCACGAACACGUCAUCACUUUGUCACCCUGAUGCACUGCAAGUACAGCUUCCUGUGUCGAGUUGUGGCCAUCGAUGAACAGAAGAGAGUGGCCGUCUUCUCUCUCCCUGCCAACACAGAGAUCCAGCUCACCUCCGAGUACGCCAACUUCUUCCUGCACAAAGUGUACCUGGUGCCGAAAGACCAGUUCACCAUGGAGCACGUUGAACCUAAAGUCCACUGCAUCAGCACUCAUGGACAGUUCUCACCUGACAGUUCCUCCUGCAUCCCCUCACACUUCCAGAAACCAUCAGACUCCCUGGUCCUGAAGGAGGGUCAGAGCUCCUCCAUGCAGGAGCCCAUCCAGGCCUCCCCUGCAGCAGCUCCUCCUCUGUCCUCCCACCAGAGCGAUGAGCCAACCUGGUCGAGAGGAGACAGACCUCCCCACGGGGCCGAUAACAACGACCACGUCCGGCUGGAUUCGGCUCAGAAUGCCGCGAUGUACUCGGCCCGUGUCCACGCUCUGGGUCGCUAUGUCUUCAUCCUCCAUUACCACCAGCCUCUCCACCCCACCUAUCCUGUGCAGGUCUACAUUAACGGUGGACGAAUCUGGCAGGGCCACGCCAACGCCUCCUUCUGUCCCCACGCUUACGGCUGCCGCAACGUCCUGGUCUCUGAGAAUCAGAUCAUUCUGGAUGUGACGGACCAUGAGGUCUUCCUCACAGUUCAGAUACCUGCUGGCAAGACGCUGUGGCUGGAUUACGUCCUGGUUGUGCCCGAGGCGAGCUACAGCUCCAGCUACCUGAACGAGGAACCUCUGGAUAAAUCAUACGACUUCAUCAGCAACUGUGGCCAAAACAGCUUCUACAUCAAUCCUUCCUCCGCCUCUCCGUUCUGCCUCAGCUCGGCGGUGUCUCUGUCGGCCUUCUACAACAACGGGGCGAUGCCUUGCGCCUGCCACGAGGUCGGAGCCGAGAGUGACACCUGCGAGCCUUUCGGCGGUCAGUGCCGCUGUAGGCCAAACGUGAUUGGCCGAGACUGCUCCAUGUGCGCCACAGGCUACUGGGGAUUCCCCAACUGCAGACCCUGCGACUGCGGUACGAGGUUAUGUGAACCGGUCACUGGCGACUGUAUCUGCCCUCCGAGGACUUUGCAGCCGGAGUGCAUCCAGUGUGAGCCACAGACGUUUGGCUGCCACCCAGUGGUGGGGUGUGAGGUCUGCAACUGCUCUCGGCCGGGCGUCGUCACCCCCGAUGUGAACUGCGAUACGGUCAGCGGACAGUGCAGAUGUAAGAACAACAUCGUCGGCCGUCAGUGUGACCGCUGCGCUCCCGGUUUCUACGGUUACCCCAACUGCAGGCCGUGUGACUGCAACGAGGCGGGGACCGAGGAGGAAGUGUGUGACUCCUUCUCAGGACAGUGUCUGUGCAAGGAGAACGUCCAGGGUGUGCGAUGCGAUCAGUGCAGAGUUGGUACGUUCCACCUGGACCCCACCAACCCGAAGGGCUGCACCAGCUGCUUCUGCUUUGGCGCCACCGACCGCUGUCGCAGCUCUGACAAAAGACGCACUGAGAUUAUGAAUAUGGAGGGUUGGGUGCUGCUCGGAGCAGACAGACAGGAAGUGCCGGUCACGGUGUAUCCCGGUCAGGACCUUGUAGAAGCCGACCUCAGCGACGUGCCAGACGUGUACCAGGAUCUCCACUGGCACGCCCCCAAGACCUACCUGGGAGACAAGGUCUCAUCCUAUGGAGGUUAUCUGAGGUAUCGUCUCCACACUCAGACCAUGAGAGGAGACGUGUCGUCUCUGCCUGCCGAAGCCUCCAGGCCAGACAUCAUUCUCAAGGGUAACCAGAUGACCCUGGUGUUCAUGGAGAGAGAGUACUCGUCACCUGAAGAGCCUCACCUGGGAAUAGUUCACAUGGUUGAGGGAAGCUUCCGUCACGCUCAGACCGGUAAUGUGGUGUCUCGGGAGGAGCUCAUGAUGGUUCUGGUUGCUCUGGAGUCCCUGCAGAUCCGAGCCCUGCACUCCCAGUCGGCCCACGCCGUGUCACUCCGCGGCGCCGUGCUGGAAGGCGCCGAGACAAUGCCUGCCGGCCGCCAUGCCAACAACGUGGAGAUCUGCAUGUGUCCCGCCAACUACCUGGGAGACUCAUGUCAGAAAUGUGCUCCUGGUUACUACAGAGACACGAUCGGCCUGUUUCUGGGGAAAUGUGUUCCCUGUAACUGUAACGGACACUCGGACCAGUGUCUGGACGGAUCUGGAAUCUGCGUGGGCUGCCAGCAUAACACAGCCGGUGAUCACUGUGAGAAGUGCCAGGGCGGUUUUCUCGGGAACAACAGUCUGGACGGACACGCGGUGUCCUGCUCCAGUUGUCCCUGUCCGUUGAGGGUCCCAUCCAACAAUUUUGCAGAUCGCUGCGUGCCAAAGAGCGACAGGAUGCAGUGUCUGUGCAUGCCGGGUUACGCUGGACCACACUGUGAAAGGUGCGCCCCUGGUUACUACGGCAACCCCAUGGUGCUCGGCAGCAGUUGUCAGCCGUGCAAUUGCCACGGCAACACGGACCCCAACAUGCUGUUCACCGACUGUCACCCGCUGACUGGCGAGUGUCUCACCUGCAUGGACAACACGGCCGGGCCUCACUGCGACACCUGCGCGCCAGGUUACUACGGAGACGCCAUCAACGCCAAAAACUGCACCAAAUGUAACUGCUCGCCGUGCGGCACCGAGUCAUGUGACCCUCACAGUGGACAGUGUCGAUGCAAAGCAGGAGUCACCGGAGCUCGCUGCGAACGCUGUGUGGACGGCUCGUAUGGCUACGACUCGUGUUCUGGCUGCCGGCAGUGCGACUGCGACGCCUCUGCGGCCCUCGUCCAGCCGUGUGACGCUCAGAGCGGUCAGUGCGCCUGCCAGCCCGGAGUCAACGGGCCGAACUGCAGGCAGUGCGCUCCUGGUUACUGGGACUACGGACCCAACGGAUGCAAGAAGUGCGACUGCAGAGGAGGCCGCUGUGACCCCCGCACAGGAGAGUGUCGCUGUCCUGACGGCAUGACAGGAAGACAGUGUGACACCUGCUCACAGAGAUACAGCGUACCUGUGGAGCACGAGCACAGCGUGCGCUGCCAACUGUGCGACAGCUGCGUCAUCGUCCUGCUGGAGGAUCUCGACAAAAUGAACGACAACUUGGGCUCAGUCGCCGCUCAGUUGGGCAAUCUCAACGCCAGCUCCAUGGCCUGGGCUCAGCUGAACAGUCUCAACAAGUCUGUGGAGGACGUCGCUAGGGCCAUAGAGAACUACAACAGCACACUGGAUGACAGCAGGAAUCAGGCCGACAUGCUGGACGCAGAGAUCGCAAACAUCGACAAUGACAUCGACGAGCUGCAGGACAAGGCGACAGCGCUGACCGACAGGGUCGAUGACCUGCACAACAGUACCACUAACACACACCAGAGGGCGCAAGACCUGCUGACCUUCAUCAACAACAUCACCACGGAUAUAAACGAUAUCUUGCUGAUGGCGAACCAGUCGUCGCUGAAUGACACAGAGGCGGAGCGGGACGACGACGAGAGGGAGAGCAAGAUUAGGGAGGUGCAGGCCAUGCUGAGGGAGAUGAGGCUCAGGAGCUGUGUGGGACAGAAGAAGGUGGCCGACAAGGAGAAGACCGAGGCAGAGAAAUUGUUGGAUCAUGUCAACAAGCAGCUGGCAGCUCGUCAGGAAGACAACAAUGACUUAGCCAAAGCUAUCAGAGACCAUCUGUCUCGCUUCCACUCCGAAAUGAUGGAUCUCCGAGACGCCCUGAACGAAGCUGUGAACAACACGGCCAGAGCAUCGGAGAUCAACAACGUCAACGAGAAAACGCUGGAGGACAACCAGAGGAGGAUCGAAGACCUGCUGUCGAAGCAGAGUGAGGUCACCGACCAGCUACAGAUGGCUGAAGAUGAUGUGGCUCAGGUCAACGACCUGCUGUCCAUGCUGCAUGACUCCAAAGAGGAGUACGAGCGGUUGGCGGCCCAGCUGGACGGCGCCAGGAUGCCGCUGGCGAAGAAAGUACAGAACUUUGGUUGGGUUGACUCCAAAAUUCCCCUGGUGGAGGAAGCAGAGAAACACGCCAACCUGCUGAACGCCUUAGCCAUGAACCUGUCCAGUUUGGUUGACGAAGCGAAGAAGGAGGGAUUUGUGGAUGUAACGCAAGCCUACAACAAAAUCAUCAACAGUAUCAGGGAGGCAGAGGAGGCUGCCAAGAUGGCUGACAAGGCUGCUGAGGAUGCCUUGGAGAACAUAAAGAACCAGAAUCUCAGUCAGAGCGCUGAUUAUUUGAGGAACCACAGCUUGGAGCUGAAGGACGAAAUUGAAAAGUUAAAUGACGAACUCACCAACGACCUGAAGCCACAGCUGGAAGACGCUCGAAGGCGAUUGGACGAGGCCAAAACCAAACAGGCUGAUGUGAUGAAGGACCUGGAGACGGUUCAGAACAACCUCAACUCGACCACAAAUGUGAGUCAGGAGAUCGACGACGCAAAGCGAGCGGCUGACCUGGCGAACUCCACAGCCACACAAGUCAACGAUGCCCUGCGUCCCAUUAAAGAGCAGCUGGACCAAUGGCAGCAGACCUACGGAGACGCCAACGCCACCAACGAUGACAUCAACAACGCCCUGAUGGAGGCCAACAAGACCGUGAGCACGCUGGGCGAGACGAUUCCUGUGCUCAUGAAGAAGCUGGAUAAACUGCAGAAUCACUCCAUUCAGAUGCCGAACAUCUCUGAGAACAUCAACCGCAUCCGUCAGCUCAUACAGCAAGCACGCAACGCCGCUAGCAAGGUGGGUGUCUCAGUGAAGUUUAACGGGAAGUCCGGCGUUCAGGUCCGUACGCCACAAAACCUGGCCGACUUGGCUGCCUACACCUCCCUGAAGUUCUACAUCACCCUGCCGGAGGCGGCCCGAUCUCGGCGGCAGGAUGAUGGCACCAAACAGUUUGUCUUCUACCUUGGCAACAAAGAUUCCAGUAAGGAGUUCCUGGGCAUGACGUUGGAGGGGAAGCGACUGCGCUGGUACUUCAAUGUUGGAGGAAAAACUGCUGAGGUGUUGAUGAAUGAAGACGUCAAGUCUGAUGGAAACUUCAACAAUGUGGUGCUGGAGAGGAUCCUCCAGUACGGUCAAAUGUCCAUGUCCUCAGAAGCCUCUGAGGGCGACCAAAGAGUCACCAAAGCCCACGUGGAGGCUGGUGGAGAUCAGGGGCUGCUCAGCCUCUUGACCGACGACACUGUCUUCUACGUGGGAGGAUACCCGAGUACUUUCAAACCCCCUGCUCCACUCGUCCUGCCUAACUUUAAAGGCUGUAUUGAGUUGGAUACACUAAACGAGGAAGUUCUCAGUCUGUAUAACUUUGAAAAGGUCUUCCAGCUCAACACCACAGAGGAGAAACCUUGUGGCAGGUCCAAGCCGGUGCUGACUCAGGCCUGGGUGAAUGACGCAGCGUAUUUUGACGGCACAGGCUUCGCUGAGAUCAGAUUCACUGACGAAUCGUCUCGCAUGCAGCGCUUUGAACAGGAAGUGAAACUUCUGUCGCACAACGGAGUGCUGCUUCUGCUGCAAAAUGGGGAUCAGUUCCUGUGUCUGGCGGUGCUUAAGGGUAGACUGAAGGUGUUCUACGAUUUCAGUGGUGAGCUGGUGGAGCUCCAAGUUAAAGAUCCUUCAUCUGAUUCCCUGAAGAUCAGUGACGCCGAAGUCAAAGGUCUGGAGAUCAUCAUCCUGCGUUCAGUGCCGAACCGCAUUGUGGUGCGCAACAACCGCAACAUCCUCUACACCCACCAGUUCACAGAGGACAUCCCCCCGUUCAGUGGCAGCUACUACCUGGGAGGAGUACCAGAGAACAAGAUGCCUGCCCAGUUGAAGUCUAUGUUCCCUAAGCAGGGCUCUCUGAAGGGCUGUUUCAGGAACGUGAAGGCCCAGAACUCCCACAUCGACCUGAAGAGCAUGACGAGCUCUGGAGUCAGUUUCGGCUGUGACAGCGACCUGCUGGUGGCUCGUGAGGCUCAUUUCUCAGGUCAGAGCUACCUGGAUUUGGCUCCUACCAACAUUCCCACCCUCAGGAACAACUUCUACGCCAGCUUCAGCUUCAGAACCGAGCAGAUGGAGGGACUCAUGUUCUACCACCGCGACAAGGAUGGAGUGUGUCAGGUGUUUUUGCAUGACGGCCACGUUGUGGUGAGAGCUGGCAACAGUGAGAUUAAGACGCAGAAGACGUACAACGAUGACAACAGCCACUACGUCGCUAUCUACAACAACCUCAGCGGGACACGUCUGUACAUGGACGACGUGUUAGAGAAAGGAAACGCCAGCAUCCGGGUGGACAGCAGGGGGCGUGGGGUGACCACAUUGGAGCAAAGCACCUAUCUGGGAGGAAUGCCAGACGAAAGCUUGGCCAACCUCACUGGAUGUAUCAGCAAUGUUUUCAUCAAGAGGGAAACGAGUCCUCAGAUGGUUUUGAACCUGCUGAAGGCUAAAGAAAACGUCAACGUUCCUCUGAGCUGUCCUGCUGCCAAAAAACCUCAGCAGAUCGUCGCUGCUCAGCCCAAGCAGAGCAAUAAGCGCAAGGGGAAGCACAAGAAGCCUUCGGGGUCUCGCAGUCGUAACACCAGGGCGUUGUGUCACGGCGAGCUGUCGGACCAGGAGGCCGGAGCGACGCACUUCAGCGGCUCCACGCACAGCUACCACAGAUACGACUCUCUGCCCAGCGCGCUCGGCUCAAAGCCUCAUAUCUCCAUGGCGGUGAGGAUCAACUCCUCCGAUGGUCUGGUGCUGUACGCCGCUGGCAGGGAGCGCAGCAGGGCUGUGAUGUCACUCAGCCUGUCAGCCGGCCACCUGCUGCUUCUGUUGGAUGGAGGAAAGAGGAAGGUCAGCCUGCGCAGCCACCACAAGUACAACGACGACCAGUGGCACACGGUGUUUAUAAAGCGAGCAGGAGAGAAGAUCAGUCUGAUAGUGGACGGGAUCGGCGCUCAGUCUAAGAGAGUCCCGGGAGGAGACCGGAUUCGCCUCACCGGGCCUUUAUAUGUCGGCGGAGUCCCGCCCUCGCUGACGGCCGGGGGCACCGGUGGAUUCGUCGGCUGCGUCAGGGACCUGACGCUGAACGAGGCCCCUGCAGGAAGCCCCUCUCACAGCCAGGGGACGGUGCCCUGCUUCCAGAACCCUCUGCAGCCCGGGGCGUAUUUCUCUGGCCAGGGAGGACACAUCGCAAUCGAUGAAUCCUUAAAUGUGGGCCGGGAUCUGGAAAUCCAGCUGGAGGUUCGGCCCGUGUCGGACUCAGGGCUGCUGUUGCAUGUUGGGACGUCACCCGACCAGCACCUGAGUCUGGUCCUCAGCCAGGGAGAGGUGACUGUUUCGGUAAACAGCGGUAAAGGUGACUUCUCUACCUCCUUCGCUCCCGACAGUCCUCUGUGUAACGGAGACUGGCACACGAUUGCAGUGGUGAAGAAGAACAAUGUCCUGCAGCUCCACGUUGAUGCCGCCAGCGAGCACAGCGUCGGCCCCAAACAGAGCCGCUCUGCAGGGGCCAAAGAGACCGUUUACCUUGGAGGGGUCCCCGACGGCGUUGCAGUUCCUGCUCUUCCUGCUGGCUUGUCGGCUUUCCACGGCUGCAUCCGCCAAGUGACGGUCAACCACAGACCUGCUGUGUUGUCCAAACCGCUCGCUGUGCACGGAGCUGUGGGGACGCAGGGCUGCCCACGCAUGUAGACCCAACACACACACACACACAGUCUUAUCCUCACAUUCCCCAACUACAAAUUACUGGUGGUGGGUGUCAUGUUACUGUAGCUAAUUUAAAUAUAUAUAUUAAUAUUUAUUUUCUAUUUUCAGAAAAAUGUAUAUUUUAUAUUUUUCCUGUUUGUCGUUGCAGAAUUACUGGUUUGUUUUUGUGCCACAGCAGUGAUUACUGUCUGCACACAGAGAUGCACUGAUACAAGUGACUGCUACAACAUAUCACACACCUAAAAAUCAGUUUUUUUGUUUUUGUUUUUCCCCAAAUCUGCAAAGUGUUCAAGUAAACAGCCUAUGUCAUUUAUCGUGCAUCUCUAGCAGAGAAUGUUAAGAAAACCUACUGAGUCGGUACACUGUGAACACUGUAAUGUAUGAGCAACGUCCUCAGGCAGCGCAGGUGGGUAACGUUACCUGUGACGAGAGCCACGGCUGGACUUUUGGACCCCACAACGUCCUGACUUUUUGUGGAAUCAGAGUUUUACAUUCUGUAACGCACAACAGCGUGUUGUCUUAAAAUGUUGCUUGUAAAAACCAUAUUUACCCUGCAGACCUUUUCCAUCAACUUUAGUGAUAAUGAUGCGUUCAGGAUACCUUGGAAUUAUUGUAACUAACUCUUAGCUCUUAGUUGAUGUUAAGUCGCUCAACAGUCCCGUCGACACAAACACUCACAAGUCGUAAACAUGUGAGCCACCUGUCCGCUGGCGUCCAGGUCACAGGCAGCGUUUCCCAGCUUUACUCCGUCAUAAACACGUACCAAACAUGAGUGUGAAGCUUGUAUGUAAUAUAACCACUUUUAAAACUUUGUCACAGAAAGAAUAAGCUGUCCCUUAACCCCACCCUCACCCCCUCCCACCCACCCCACGUGUUGUAAAUGUAAUUCCAAAUAAAGUUUUUUUUUUCAUACAAACUGAACUCCUCGU